AUGUCCACCGUCAAAACUCGCGAACCGGUCGCAGAACAUGGCAUAGAAUACUGGGCGAAACAGCCUGCAAGUUAUGAUGGUGUGCUAGGUGGAUUCGGUACAGGCUCCUUACCUAGGGUCGAGACCCUCGGCUCUCGACAAUUCCUUCUACAUAUCCGACCAGACCUCCUCACUGUACCGUCCGCUCUGCGCCCUUUAAACGCACCUACACCCGAUCCAAACCAUCGUACCCGUGCACUCGACGUAGGAGCAGGCAUCGGACGCGUCACAGCAGACGUCCUUCUCCACUUCUUCUCCGAUAUCCUCCUUCUCGAACCCGUUGACAGUCUCAUCCGGGAAGCCUACAAACGCGGCUCGGACUCCGAAUUGGAUGAACUCCCUGCCCGAAAUGAAGACGAUGAAGGGACAGAUCCUCCGCCUGCACGUUGGAAAGGGAUAAAAGAGAAGAAGAAAAGUGUUACGUUUCAGCAGGGCGCCUUACAGACAUUCAACCCUGCUCAUCCACGAACGUCCUCCACAUUCAUCGGUCGCGUGGGUUUUUCUCCGCCCGACGCACAGGCGGACUCAGAGACCGGAUUCGAUGUGGUGUGGUGUCAGUGGUGUUUGAUGUACAUGAGCGAUUCCGACCUAGUCGCGUUCUUGCAGGGGAGCAAGAAGUCAUUUAGGGAUGAGAAGAGUGUGAUUGUGGUGAAGGAGAACGUAUGCCGGGAGAAGGUGGUCGAAGGGGUCGAAGGUGGUGAGGCGACGGUGGAGUUCGAUGAAGACGAUUCGAGCGUGACAAGGUCUGAUUUGAGGUUCAAGGAGAUCUUUGCUCAAGCAGGACUGAAGAUUGUACACGAAAAGGUGCAGGGCGGUCUCCAAGAGGGACUAUUUACCGUGAAAAUGUAUGCUCUGAAAUGAUUUUUGAAAGGUGUAUGUUGUUGUAUCUAGUAACCCCGCCGGCAAAAACUGCCUCUUUGUCAGUAUUGCGAACGUUUGCUUUCAAC